AUGAACGGAACUCUGGGGAAGGUGCUGUGUUUGAAGAACGAUAUCAUUUUUAAGAAAGCCUUUCCUCUCUUAAGGUUCAAAAUUUCAGGAGAGAAUCCCAUUUGUUCUGCAGGUGGCAUUCUGCUGAGUACCAGCCGGCACUAUAGGUCAAGGCCCACCCAUGGCAUUGGAAGAUACAAGCACUUAAUUCAAGCACAAGAGCCCAAGAAGAGUAAGAAAACAGUGGAACUGAGAGCCAUUAAUUUGGGGACAGAUUAUGAAUAUGGGGUUUUGAACAUUCACAUGACUGCAUAUGACAUGGCCCUGGCAGAGAGUUAUGCCCAAUAUGUUCACAACCUCUGCAACCAUCUCUCCAUUAAAGUGGAGGAAAGUUAUGCGAUGCCCACCAAAACCAUGGAGGUGUUGCAGCUACCGGAGCAGGGCAGCAAAAUGUUUGUGGACGCAGUUCUUACCAUCCAUGAGCGAGUGGUUCAGAUAAGCGGUUUGAGUGCUACAUUUGCAGAGAUUUUCUUGGAAAUAAUCCAAAGCAAUCUUCCUGAAGGAGUCAAACUGUCAGUGAAGGAGCACUCUGAAGAAGACUUCAAGGGAAGAUUCAAAGCUCGGCCAGAACUGGAAGAACUGAUAGCCAAGUUGAACUAG